AUGGGGAGAUGGUUUCAGGCCAUUGCGACUGCGCGUAUAAGUCUGUAUGGUGUGUACAGCAAUGGAAGGAUCCAUGACGGCGUGGCAAAGUCAAAUUCCCGUUCCAACAGUAGCUUCGUGGGCGCAGUUGGCCCUCGACGCCGACAUAAAGGCCUGGAAAUCACAAAGCAUCCACUUCGUCCUGAUCGGCCGCAUCGCUCGACAUUGGGCGACCACUGCGGCACUCCUGCGACGGCGUCGACACGGUCGAGCACGUCGAGCACGACGGCUGGACUGGCUGGCUUCACAUCGGCCGCGGCCAUCUACACCGCCGGCGAGGUGUUCAGCGGCGACCCGGCGAACAGGGAGGACCUGCGGAGGAGCGGGUUGAACGCGCAGAGCGAGCCGUACGGCUUCAAUGCCAAGUGGAGCGAGCAGAACGGCGUGGUCGUGGCGCCGGCGAGCGAUUUGAGCGCGGGAGGACUGCUUUGGGACGCAGAAGCCGAACGGGACAUGGAGAGGCGUCUUUGA